GAGCGGGAGAGGUCGGUCAUGGGUGCCGCGGGAGCCUUGCUAGCCCGGAGGGGGAGGGGGGAGAUGUGAGGGUGUCCUCCCCCCCAGUAUUUUCUUUGCAAAGGGGAAAAGAGAUUGUGGCGCUUUCCCUCUGCUGCUGAUCAAACCCUCAACACCUCUGUUUUGAUAAGCCGCUUGAUUUCCUCUCUCCACCCGGCAGCGAAAGAAGAGAUUUUUAUUUUUGCCAUUUUCCUCUCCCUCCCCCGUGAGGGUGGGGCGUCCCAGGAAAAGUGAGGUGUCUCUCUCUGUCUCUCUCUCUUCUCCCUCUCUCACUCUCCCCCCAUCACUACUCUUCUGCCCCGUUUCACCAGCUUCCACCUCCUCCUCAUUAAGACCUCUGAAUGUGCGUUUCUCUAGAGUUACAAGCAUCCACCAGCCCUCUCCAGCCCGGGAAGAAUUUAAUCCUCGAAGUGAGCCACCAACUAACCCCAACUGAAGAUAAAGAGGGUGGGGGCUCCACAAAAAGGACAUCAUCACCCCCCUCCUUAGCCCCCUUAACAUCGGGGGACGGCGCCAGCUGGGACCAAACACGAGCCUGCCUCCCCUUAAGAUGCUAAUCCCGUUGAUGAAAGCGCCCGAGAGAUGAUCAAACGCUGAAAGGACGGAAGAUUGCACUGUUUUGACCCCCUUCGACUUCCAUAAAUACAUUUUUUAAAAAAAACUUGGUGGGACCUUAAAAAAAGCGCCCACUCUUCCUUGCCCCCAGCUUCGCUUCCGUUGGCAUCAAUCCGCUCCUCCGCCCUGACCAAUUUCGUUUGGGUGAUGGAUGAAUUCCAUCCUUUCAUCGAGGCCCUCCUCCCACACGUCCGGGCCUUUGCCUACACCUGGUUCAACCUCCAGGCCCGGAAGCGCAAGUACUUCAAGAAGCACGAGAAGCGGAUGACGAAAGAUGAGGAGCGGGCAGUCAAAGACGAACUGCUGAACGAGAAGCCGGAAGUGAAGCAGAAGUGGGCCUCGCGCUUGCUGGCCAAGCUGCGCAAGGACAUCCGGCCCGAGUACCGGGAGGACUUUGUGCUGUCCAUCACAGGGAAGAAGCCCUCGUGCUGCGUUCUCUCCAACCCCGACCAGAAAGGCAAAAUGCGCCGGAUCGACUGUCUCCGCCAGGCAGAUAAAGUCUGGCGUCUCGACCUCGUCAUGGUGAUCCUUUUCAAAGGAAUCCCCCUGGAGAGUACUGACGGGGAACGCCUGGUCAAGGCCGCCCAGUGCACCAACCCGGUCCUCUGUGUCCAGCCACACCACAUCAGUGUCUCGGUCAAAGAGCUUGAUCUCUACCUGGCAUAUUUUGUCCGUGAGAGAGAUUCAGAUCAAAGCAGCAGUCCGAGGACAGGAAUCGGUUCUGACCAGGAGGAUAGUAAACCCAUAAUCACACUGGAUGCAGCAGAUUUCCAAGAGAAUUUUGUUACGUCAGGUGUGUUCAGUGUCACAGAACUUAUCCAAGUUUCCCGGACACCAGUGGUGACAGGCACAGGGCCAAAUUUCUCUUUGGGAGAGUUGCAAGGGCACUUAGCAUACGACCUGAAUCCUUCAAGUACGGGGAUGAGGCGGACGCUCCCCAGCACUUCCUCCAGUGGGAGUAAACGGCAUAAGUCAGGAUCCAUGGAGGAUGAUCUGGACACCAGCCCAGGGGGUGAAUACUACACAUCCCCUAGCUCCCCCACAAGUAGCAGCCGCAACUGGACGGAGGACAUGGAAGGGAGCAUCUCCCCAACUGUGAAAAAGACAGAAAUGGACAAGUCUCCCUUCAACAGCCCAUCUCCGCAGGACACGUCACCCCGGCUGUUCACUCAGCAUCACCGUCCUGUCAUUGCUGUACACAGUGGUAUCUCUCGAAGUCCCCACCCCUCCUCUGCGCUGCACUUUCCCACCACCUCGAUCCUGCCCCAGGCGGCCUCCACCUACUUCCCGCACACAGCCAUAAGGUACCCGCCUCAUCUGAAUCCACAGGACCCUCUGAAAGACCUUGUCUCGUUGGCUUGUGACCCAUCCAAUCAACAGCCAGGACCGUUAAAUGGAGGUGGUCAAGUGAAGGUACCCGGGCAUUACCUUCCUACCCAGAUGUUGGCGCCGCCACCCCCAGGUAUGCCCCGCCUGGCAAUCUCACCUGACACCAAAUCUACCACGACAACUUCCGAGGGAGGGACCACCUCGCCGACGUCUCCCACCUACUCCACCCCAGGAACACCCCCUGCGAACCGCUUCGUGGGAUUAGGACCACGGGAUCCUGGCAGCAUCUAUCAGGCACAGUCCUGGUACCUAGGCUAGUUGCAGCUUCCAUCUGCAUCAUCAUCAUCUUCCUUUCCCCCCCGGGCUUUGGGCUUCCUUUGAGGAGGAGAACAGUGCAGCCCUCCCACCCCUGGCCCAAACCUUGGGGGCAGCAUGGAGAGAGAGAGAGAGAGAGAGAGAGCACAAAUUAACGUCAACAUCAUGAAGAGACAUCACAGAAGGACCGAAGGAAGGGAAGGGGAAAAGCUCAAACUUCUUUUUAAAAGAUAAAAACAGAAAACAGACCCUGCUUUCCAGCCAUCCCGACUGCGACUUUCCUGAAAUGAGCAAAUUCAAGCAGGCAGCUUUCCGAGGGGAGGCUUUUUGGCCAGAAGCACUACACGCCUUUCAGAGGGGUGGGAUUUCCCCACCACCCUACCAGUCCGUGGCCAGCUGGAAUCCUGUCUGUCCCGUACUCGAAAGGGAUGUAUAUGCAAAAGUUUCUGAUUAUUUUUCCAUCUCUUGUGAGUAGAAAAAAAAAUUAAUCUGGCCUGCUGCAGAACCCUCCCCUCUCUUUUUUUCUACGCUCAACACCCUCCCCGCUUCUCCUCCUCUGGGAAUGGGGGCAGCGUGACCAAGAGACUGCACUACAAAUCACCUAGACUGGUCAAGCGGCUGAAGUUGGGCCAAUGUCAAGAUGCAACGUGAGCUAAUUCCCGCUCAAGAGAGAGGGAAAGAUAAAUGCUGGGCACCUUUUUAGUGUAUCUAUCUGUCCUCCCCACACAAAAAUCUGUGCUUUGCUUUCAGAUGGGGGCUUGCUGGUCCCCAGCACCUACUGAAACGGUGUUAGUAGGACUUCUUUUGGUGGAGAAGAAGGGGGUACGUGGCUUGUUUUCUGCACUCCUCUCCCAGAAUGCUUUGUGCUUUAGUCUCAAAAGACAUCCUUUUUUUGAAUGGAUUUGAGUGCCAAUGGUGUGGGGUGGGGAAAGGGAAGGAGACGGGUUGGUUUGACAGAGUCUGAUAUUGUGGGAGAAGGGAACAGAUUCAAGUCACCUAAAUUUUAAGUUUGUUGACUUAGUGCAAUCCUGAACCAGAUGGUUUGGAAUGGUGGUGGGUUUUGUUUUUCUUUGGGAGUGGGGAGACAUUGAAACUUGGCUGUGAAUGUUGAAACCACGCACGUGUUGUUGUAUUGGGAUAGAAUGAAAGCUGGGGAAUAUGUGGCAUUUCUUCAAGGGUGCAGUCAGGAAAGAAUUUGCCAUUACACUGUGUUUAAGCAGCACCCCAGCUCCCCUUGCUGUAAUUCUGCCAUGACCAUAGGUCUGUCUUUAACCCUUGCCUUAAAGUUGGACCAAGGCUGAGAGAUGGGCUCUUUCUGCUCAGCCUGUAUGGACUUUUGUCAGCCUGUUCUCUUACGGGGAGGGAAUUGCUCUUGUGGGUGGGGUGGGGACGUGGCAUCCACAGCCUGCAGGUUCUCUUAAAAAUGGCUUCCGCCCAGCUUUAACAUCCUUUCUUCAAAAGGUGGGCAGCCAGUCAGAUGAACACCAGCAGGGGCCUGUGCAACGUGUUGAAUCUCUGAUUCAGGGGAUAGGAAGAAGUUGAGUGGGGACAGUGGGUCAGCAGGGCUUCGCUUUCUCUCCCCCUCCUCCCUCCUGAGCUUCCAACCUUGUGUACAAAGAGCUAUGCAUGCCCUUGUAGACCAGCUUCAAGAUGAUUUUGAUGACUGCUAAUAUGGAUUGCACAUUUUUUUUUGUAGGAAAUGCACUUUGAAGAGGAGGGAGAGGAAAAAGUAACUUGAGGGUGGAGGGAUAAGGAAGGUAAUCUCCUAUAGUGUAUGUGUAAUUUGUGUGGAGAGGAUCAUCAUGACUAUCCACCCCACUGUGAUGGGAUGGUAUAAAGUGGGGCCUUACACAGAAACCUUUCAGGACAUGAGAAAAAAAAUAGAUUCAGUAGGAGCAGGGGAUGGUUAUGUCCUCUUCCAUCAUUGCCCCUUCAUAUAGAACUCUAUCCUCUUCUUGCCCCUACCACACCCCACAUGCAAGCCCCAAGGUGGAGCCUAGAAGCCAUCUAGGACUGGUUCAAGUGCCUACGUUUUAAUGCUCCAGUCCUUUUGCUGGGUUAUGGAGAGCGCCAUUCGUGAUGGAGACCCCCAUGGGGCAGGGGCAGGCUGAGCAAUGGCACUCCCCCCACUUCACUUCAGUACUAACCCCAACCCUCCUUCCUAGCAGACACCAAAGCUUUAAAGGCCACGGAUUAGACUCCCUUUAACCCAGCCAAGAUUGGGGUGCCAGAGUUUGGCUCUAAAUCCUCUAUGAAGGCCAUGUGGACAGCUGAUGAACUGGGCAGUCCAUGCUGGCUUCUGGACAACCUUCCUCUGAGGGCUGGUGCCAUCAUCCAUGAUUCGAAAAGCAUUCAGAAUGUUUCCUUCUCCUUGUGCCAAACUGUCAAGAUUUCAGAGGAAUCUUCCUGAAGCAGAGGAAUCUAUCCCAGAUUACAUCCUGGAGUGGAUUUGAAUCAGAAAGCAGACAUCUGUCAAGACUGAAUGAGACCAAUGAGUUGCAAGGAAUCGUUCAUUGGAAGGCCCAAGAAAACAUCAAUAUCUUCAAAUGAAAUGCUUCAGCCACAGGCAGUUGGAUUGGCAGAACUAACUUGGCCAUAGGUUGGCCUAACACAAUGGCCAACAUUUACUCCUUAGAAAGCUGUGGGUACUUAGUGUAUGUCACUAAUGGAGUGGCUAUCCAGCAGACUAAAAUUGGUUUAAUGGUAGUUCUCUUUCCCAGGGAACUCAUGGGAAUUGUAGUCCUACGAGGGAGCUGGGGAACUUUUAAUGGAAUUCUCCUCACCCUCGUGCUACACAUCCUAGGAUUUGAGAGAGCAUUCACAUCUCUUCAUAGGGUAAUAUGUAGUUACCUUUGUACUGUAUUCUAGGAGAUACGAAGAAGACAUUUCAAUCCUCUCCAGGAUGGAAAGAUGACAACAUUUAGGCAACCAACACUAAUCAUCAGUUCUUUGCACCUUGAUACCUUUCUCUGGACUUCCAAGAGGAAUGCAUAUCCUAUUCCAUGUAUAUGAACAACUUCCAAUAUACAAGCAUAAGUUUCUUUCCUAACUUUCAAAAUGAACGUGUCGCUGUGUACAAAGGAGAUCCACUUCUAGGACUGAGUGGUUUUUAUUUUUUUAAUGUUUCUGGGGGAGUAAGUUUUUCUCAUGUGUCCAAACAGGCCCAAGGUGUUCCAGAUCUUUCCAACAAUAUCCAAAGGAACACAAGAAAGAGGGCUUUAAAAAAGAGAGAAGAAACUAUUCCAGUAACAUCCCCUUUGCUCCUUCGCUGCAGUGUUUGCCCCGGAUGUUGGCUGAGACCAACGAUUCCUAUGGCUCUACAGUCCUCUCUCAGGUGGAUCUUCCAUUCCAGAAUCUUCCAUCUUCAGUACAACUUCGUAGUCGAAAAGCUCCAGCCUCUGCUCUCCUGUCCCCCUCGCGCGUCUUAACAAUUUGGCCUCUGGCGCCACAGCCUACCUGGUACCACCUGGGGCUUGCGUUUGCAUAUGCAAAAUUUCCUUCCGACCUGCUCCCUUGGAUUAAUGGCAGCGAAAGACUUUCCUAGAUACCCCCACCUUGAAUUUGGCAUCAUGGGGAGGGGGAGUUUCCAGCGGCACUUGUUUACAUCUCUGCACCUUUACAAUAAGAAAAAAUGAUGCCAUAUUCAACCCAUGGGUGGGAACUGGGCAGAAGAAAUGAAUAUCCAUCAGAGCCCCUCUGCCCCAGAAAACCCACCUCAGAUGUCUCCAAGCUAGGACUGUAUCAUGGAGACAAUGAGGGACUUCGUAUGGGAGGUUGAUCAGAUUUUUUUUUUUAAGUGAAACUAAAAGAAAAAAAAUCUGCAAUUGAUGAAGAGGCAAUGUUUUAAGGAAAAAAAAAAGAUUAACCCUUACAAUAUAGAAUGCAUGGUGCUUUUAAACAGGAAUUCAUGUGACCUAGCUCAACCAAUCAGCUGGCUGAGAAUGUGCAUGGCAAUUAUACAUAAAGGCUCUUUUCCCCCACCCCCACCCCACCCCCUCCCUUCCCCUUCUUUUUCCCUUUAGUCCACAUCUAUGAUGUGGACUACAAAAGUAAAAAAAAAGAAAAGAAAAAUCUACAUUUUUCCUAAUUUGCACGAGAAAAAAGAAAAUACGUUUUAUACCACAUAAUGUGCCUUGCCUUCUAAAAAAAAACGUAUUAACUCUAAUGAGAUCAAUGCACAGGUGUUGCUGCAUGCUAUUUGAUGCGUGUAUGGGGGAAAAAUGGGGAAAAAGAAAGAAAAAAUGGGUUGGGGAGGCAUAGGGGUGGGGAAUAUAUUGCCAUUUUUUAAAAAAAAAACAUGGAUGGGAGCAUGGGAGGGAUAGGGGAACUGAAGUGGGAUUUUUCAGUUAAUUUUAAUUACAAACUCAGAUCUUUAUUAAAAAUGUCUGUGCAAGCCAUCCCUAAUUCAGGCUUCCUCAGGUAUGUUGUGAAUGCAGUCCCCUCAAGAGUCUUUCCUUGGUUGAGAACUCUGGGAAUCGCAGUCCCAACUCAUCUGAAUGGCCCCAGGUUGAAGGAAGCUGAUCUACACUAGGACGGGCCAGGAAAAGGUUGAAACAGCACUUGGAAAGCUGAGGAUCUCCACAAGAUCAGUCUUAUGGCUCCACCUCUCUCUCUUCCAGAACUUCUCUUCAGAAGUUCUGGGCUUGGGAGUCUUACGAUCAGCUCAAGAUGGCUGCAAGUUAUGUGUAAAGGACAUGGGGUAUAUUUAUUUGAUUUUCACCCUGGAGAAGACAGAUUGGGUAGGUUGGUUGGUUUUCCCCAAGAACCUGCCAUACCUCCUGGAGUGGAAGAAAUGGGAUGGUGCAAAAGGAAAUGUGUCAGAAGCAGAAGCUUUCUCAAACUGUUUGCUCGUUUGUUUGUUUAUGAUCUUUUGUUGUUAGUUGCAAAUCCAUGUUAAGGUCUUAUAUUGCUCACUGGACCAUACAAAACUAGGUCUUCUAGACCUCCAGACACUGGCCAUUAAAUAACCCAUAUGAUGAUAGCCAUACCAUAAUAUUUCUACUCAACCUGAAACAACCUGUUUGGUUUUAAAGGCAAUUGUAUGUUUUGGAUAUGAGUAUAUCCAGUUGGUUGUAGUAUUUCUGUUCUCCCAGAAGUUUUGGGAAAGGAAUUUGGAGAACUCCAAGGGCAGCUUCUUCAAAACAGGAAUCCAAGAACUGCUUUGCUAUAUGAGACUUGUUUUAUUCAGAAUUCUCUUUAUAAAGGAGCAAACCAGAUGUCUGGAGGACUCCUGCAAGAAAGACCUCCUAUUUUGUGGCCCUCCCCUGCUCUCUGUAUCUGGAUGCAGGGCCCCAUCUGAGCCCAGAAGAUCUAUAAACUUCCCAAUAUUUUUUUGGUCUUAGACAAGAGAAGCAACUGGUUUUAAGCCAGGGCACAGAACCAUUUCUCAGCUUAAAAGCCCCACUUGGUUUUUGAAUGAUAGAUAUGCUAGAGCAGUGUUUCUCAACCUUGGGAACUUUAAGAUGUGUGGGCUUAAACUCCCAGGAUUCCCAAGCAUGCUGGCUGGGGAAUCUGGGAGUUGAAGUCCACACAUCUUAAAGUUGCCAAGGUUGAGAAACGCUGCUCGAAGCUGAAUUCCUAAAAAAGUGAAUGGCGCCAGAAUAAAGACCAAAUUAGAUUUAAUUCAGAAAUAAUUAAAUGCAGUAUAAUCUGAAUGUUCCCUGUGGGUUUUAACAAUUUUCCUUCCUGAGUAUUUUAUUUUUUCCUGUCAUAUAAAAAUUACAACUUGACCACAAAUUUUGGGACAGCUUUUGGAGUAUGGCAAUGCUGAAUGCAGCGGUGGGGCUAUGUGGAUCCAUCCCUGUUUUAAGCCUACUGCAGAAUAGAUAUUCUCCAAGAAAUAAAGUUUAGAAUUUUAACCCUGCAUCAGCCAAGUAUUUUCCAAUCUGAGCUAGGAGGCAAAUGUGGUUUCCUCCUAAAAAUAAGCCAUCAUUUCCUUUCUUUCUUAGCAAGGCAGUGAAGUGAUAAUCUGAACUACGAAACCUCCCAUUAUGGGUUUUGUCACUUGUCUUCCAGUUAUAAAUACAAUCAAAAAUGAAGUUUCAAAUAUGCAAUGCCCUUCUGUGUAUAGUGGCUAAAUGUGUGUUUAGCCUCCAUUGUAGUAACACAAUUAUCUCAGCAGUUUAAUGUCCAUUAGAGAUGGAUGUCUCAGUUUAGGCAGAUUUUAACUCUGGGGAGAGGGGGCUUGGCUGAGGAUUUCUAGCACAUUUUCUUUUGCUUUGUAACUUUCCCAAGUUUCGAGUGAUAGCACACUGUUGUUGAGCUUCAAUCUUGGCUUAUUGAAGUUAUUGGAAAGGAAUUGAAUUCAACCCUCCGCUUUUCUCUUUCUGGAACUGAUUGGUGAUAUUUGGAAUAGAUCGGGAGAGUGGUGAAAUAUGUGUAUGUACAUAGGUGGCUCAGGCAUGUGUUCAAAUGUGGGUAGCUUCUAUGUAUGACUUGGAUAUUCCAGACCUGGGGAAGAGGUGGGUUAAAGGCAGAUGCUUCAGAUUUUUGAGCAAAUCAGUUAACUUGUUUCACAGAGGGACCUUCAAGAUUCCUACUGAUUGAAAAAGUAGAAAGACUUCUAUAUCUGGAAGAAGGUCUGACCAGCCCAACCCUAACCCUCCCCAAUCAGCUCCCAUUGGAAGUGGGUAAUUUAGCAUCAUCUGUGAUUGUGACCUCUCACGUCCACAACUGAGGGUGUGGGAGUGAAGCUACCUCUUCCACGUCUCUGCCAGCAUACUUCGUCCAACCACUCAGUGCACUAGCCAAACAGAACUAGAUACCGUUCAAGUAGAUUCCCUAAAAGAGGAGUAUAUGGAGAAAGAGAGAGAAUGGCAGGCUCCUUUAAAGAUAGGCCAUUUUGCUUUUACAAUAAAAGUAGGAUUAAUUGCAUCUGUAAUUACAAUUUAUUUUACUGAUUAGUGUUAUCAAAAGUUUGAGAAAUUGAUUUAUGCUCUAACCGUAAGGCCUAGAUCCUCCAGAUCAGUGUUUCUUAACUUUGGCAGCUUGAAGAUGUAUGGGCUUCAACUCCUAGAAUUCUCCAGCCAGCAUGGGGAAUUCACCACCGUGGCUGGCUGGUAGUUUCUGGGAGUUGAAGUCCACACAUCUUAAAGUUGCUAAGGUUGAGAAACACUGCUCCAGAUACCUUCUUUUUUAUGUCUUUACUCUGGGGAGCAGGGCGGGUUGCUAUAAGCAAGGAAGAUUUGCCUGUUCACAUGCCCACAUUCAUAUCUAUUAUUCCUUCCCAUCUUCAAAACUGUAUUUUAUGGCACUAAAAACCUCUCACAUUGUAUGGGGACAGUCCCUAGGCUUAAAAAGUCCCCCAGACAUUUUAAGCCAGAAGGUAGUGGGGUGAGUUUUGCUGUUCCCUAUAAUUUGGCUUUGAUUUAUUUGAACUAAUAGAUAGUAUGAUAGUAUAGAUGAACAAUUUUAUAAAAAGAAAAAAUGAUACAAAAAAUAAUUUUUAUGGCAGUGGCUUAUGGGCAAGUCCUAAGCAGAGAAGACUUUCCCAACAUCCCAAGACAUUUCUACUAACCUGCCUCAUCCCCCCAUCUUCUCUCUUUUUCAGGAAGCUGCUAGUCUAAGUAAAGUUUCCUUCCAUGUCAUUUUUUUUAAUGUCUUGCCCAAGGUGGAACUUUGGGAUUGCUACUCUGCUCUACUGACACUGAAUUUGCUUGCAAAUCCUUACACACCUUCAUCCCAAUUAUUCUAUUUACUUAUUCUUUAAUUACGAUAUUUUUCCUUUCUGUGUUUCUCCUUGAUGUUAGGGGUGCACAAGGGGGAAGAAAAAUACUAAUUUAGUUACUUCAUUUGUUCCAUUAUUUUUUUUAAAAAAUUAUUCACACAUUUGCUUUUCCUUUGAUUUUCAUAACUGGUUUUGUGGUUUUUAUUAUUCCCAUUUGGUUUUCUUUCCAGUCAUUUUCUAUUGGAGACUUAGCUUAUUCUUCUGAUGCCUCUAAGAUUUUCCAUCCAAAUAGCAUUAUAUUCCCAUGCAUUUUAUUAUUACUUUUUUCAAAUCUGCAGUUUUAAAAUAGAUAAUGACAAAAGGUCUCCUACUUAUAAAUAUUUUUAUUAGCUUGUUGCUUAUCACCUGUUUGUAACUUCUGUGUUUUCUAUAAGAAUGAAGCCUGGUCUACUUUCUCAAAAUAUUAGAAACUGCCAGAUUAUAUAUAGAUUGGAUAGAGAGUCUCAAUUGUAUAGGCCAGUGUUUCUCAACCUUGGCAACUUCAAGAUGUGUGGACUUCAACUCCCAGAAUUCUCCAGCCAGGAUGCUGGCUGGGGGAUUCUGGGAGCUGAAGUCCACAUAUCUUUAAAGUGUCAAGGUUGAGAAACACUGAUGUAAGCAAACAAACAGUGCUCUUUCUAUCUUUCCUUCCAUGACUUGUACAGGUGAUUCCAGAGAAUUCCAGGUGAAAAUCUCAGUCAUGAAUGAUUUGGCUUAUUUCAUAUUUCAGUUGUUUUAAAAAAACAUAUAUACAUCCAUAGCCAGCCCCCUCUUCCUUACCAUAUUUAACAAAGACUUAACCUGAUGUUCCCCAGAGGUUUUGAGUGUGAGUUCCCAUCAGCCCUUGCUAGCAGUUCAUUGCAAAGGAUUGUGGAAUCUGUAGUCCAAAAUAAAGAGAAGGUACCAGUUUGCUUAGCUCCAUAUUACAGGAAAUGUUCCCAUCUUAAUUCCGUAAAAAAAAUCUUGCAGCUAUCUGGGCCCCUGCAUGUGGAAACAUUUUGCCCAUGCAUGUGAAAAUAGUUUCACCACUGAUUAUUACCGUGUCACUUGGGGCUUAGGACUUAACCAGCAACAUCUGGAAGGACAGAAGUUCCUUGCCCCUAACGGAGAGUCUAAAUUUCAACAGGCUGAUGGUGUUGCACUGAUGGCUUGGAACAGCCUGAAGACCAGGUUCCUUAUAUUGUUACUAGGACCAGUCUGUUGUGAAGUUUCAUACUGUAUAGCAGUGUUUCUCAACCUUGGCAACUCUGAGAUGUGUGGACUUCAACUCCCAGAAUUCUCCAGCCAGCAUGCUGAGGAAGUGUUGCUGCAGUGUUGAGAAACACUGGUCCAUACACAGCUGACUCAGCCUGAGGGCAGCUUUAGAUGUUUCUCUCUGGAAGUGGUAUCUCCCCUCUUAUGUUGCUUCCAGACACUGUGGGGGCAGUUUAGGUGCAUUGAUGCACAUGGGUGAAGCAGCCUGAAAUGACAUGUUCAGUGUUGGUAAACUUGUGGCUCCAAUUAAUUCUGCUGUUUUCCUAGGGGACUGCCCUCUUACAUCUAGCCCCUGACCUGUUCUUCACCCCUUUUGGCUCUGAGGGAGAAAUGCAAGUCCUUUUAUUUACACUUCCAGUUAGAUGCAUUAAACCAGAGACAGCCCUGGCAGAAAAUUUCCUUCCUAGUGGCUGCUGUUUCCAGGAGCUCUACCUUCUCCCCUCCCCUCCUCUCCUCUCCUCUUGGAAUUUCUUGGAAUAGUUUACAGCUCCCCCACCAGUUCCCAUAGCUAACCCUCUUUUUCCAACUUUUCAACAGCACAGUGUUGUAAAAGUGCUGUGCAAAUCCAGAUGAUCACUAGAUGGCACCCAAGAGAUACAAAAAGUAUAACCCUUUGCUGCCACCACCUGGUCUAUAGGUCAAACAGUUGACCACUCAACCCAUAAUUUCAGUGAAUCAUCAUCAUCAUCAUCAUCAUCAUCAUCAUCAUCAUCAUCAUCAUCAUCAUGACAGUUGUAUUUAACUCUUUGUUAGGCCAAACAUGCCUGUUUUACUGAUGUCGGCCCUCCCAGGUAAACCAGGCAGGAAACAUGAUGAGCUAAGCUAAUUCUACGUUACUGUACUGCUACAUUAACAGAAUCUUGCAGGUCUGAAAGUACAAAUCUCUCACUCUCCCUAUUUACUGCCUGAGUAAUUAGGGUGGGUCCUUCCUAAGUUUCUUUCUCUGGCUAUUACUCUGCUGUGGGCUCCUUUCUCUUUUAUCUGAUUGUUCCCUAGGCAGCAUUUCUUCCCCCAGUCUUCCAUGGUCACCCUCACAUUCCAUCACAACUGGUUACAAGAUUCUCAAAUCUUGCAAAAUUAGGGGAGGGGGAGGGAAAUAUUCUGCCCUUGACUCUCCAGAGUCCCAAAAUACAUCUAAAUUAAAUUAUGCCUCCCCAGCUUCAAAAAUGUUGCCCAUCCUGAUUGAUUGGAAUAGAAACCCCCUUCCCCAAACUCUUCAACUAUUAAAAAUAGCACUUAAUUUGAGUCUGCUGAUUAUGAACCAUCAACCGAUCAAGAGGAAACUCAAAAAUGAAAGCACUAUUGAUACCCUCCCCACAGUUCCUAAACAAGUCCCUGCCUGUAGGCAAAUAGUAAAUAUUAAGUUAUUUUCCAAGCAAUGGAAGACAGUGGUCUUCUUUCAUGGAAUUAGAAUGGUGGUAGCCUGCAAUUUGCCUGUGAUGGAGAAAGCAGUAUAUUCUGGAGAAAAAGAGGAGGGGAAGGAAAUGGGAUCCAUGAAGUUUUGGGGCUCCCUUUUGAAUAGGAAAUCUUUGUGGAUCUGCAGUUGCACUUUUGAAUGAGUUUUCCCCGGCUUGCUUUCAUUGUUAGCUUUUUUGGACCAGCUCUUUGCAAAGCUAGUGCAAUCAGGUUACAGGUAGUCCUCACUUAACAACCAUUUGGUUAGUGGUGGUUCAGACUUAUGACAGUGCUGAAAAAACUGACUUGUGGCCAGUCCUUGCACUUACGACCAUCACAGCAUCCCUGCACUCACGUGAUCGCAAUUCGGGUGCUUGGCAACCGGUUUGUAUUUAAUGAGCAUCACAGCAUCCUGCAGUCAUGUGAUCACCAUUUUCGACCUUCCCAACCAGCUUCUGGCAAGCAGAUUCAAUGGGGAACCACAUGAUUUGUUUAACGACCACAUGGUUUGCUUAAUGACCAUUGAUUCUCUUAACGACCGCCACAAAAACAGUUGUAAAAUCAGGUCGGAUUUGCUUCAUGACUGCUUUGCUUAGCAACCAAAAUUCUAGUCCCAGUUGUGGUCAUUAAGUGAGGACUACCUGUAUGCAGAUCUCCCUAUCUGACAUUUGUCUCCUUUGAACAGAUGUAAAAGAGCAUACCCCUCAUCUGUCUCACAAGCCCCCAACCCUUUUACAUCUGGAUGGAUGAAUUGGAGUCUCAUGCAAAUUCCAUUCUUCAGGGCUUGUCCUCUGAGUUUUCCCAGCUCUGGGUAACCUAACCAUAAAUCAGGAGUGCAUUUGGGCCAAUUGGUGUAAACUUUAAUUUGUACCUAUGCCAGACCAAUGCACCUGGUUCUGUAUUUAAAGGGAGAGGGGAGAAUGCUAUCCUGGACCAGGGGUUUACGAACUUUUUCAGGCAGUGGAACUUGUGAAUGUAAAAAAAAAAAAAAUUCCUGGAAUCCCUGUUCAAGAGGCAAAGCUCUUUUACCCUUAGUCUCUCACAAAACUCCCUCAGUUCAUCAUGGAACCUGAAGAUCCCAUGGAACCCAGUCUGAAACGCCCUGUCCUAGACUCAGGCAUUGGUAAAAGCAUGUUCUGAGCAUGGAUGUACAUUGGGGUGAGUCCAAUUUAGUUUUUUCCUUAGUUCUAAAAUAAUUCUUGGGAUUUUAGCUUGGCAAAAGUGCUGUAAGGAAUUCUUAGUCUCACUCAGUCUUUUUCAAACUUGCAACUUUAAGCCAGUGGACUUCAACUCCCAGAAUUCCCUGGCCAGCCAUGCUGGCCAGGGAAUUCUGGGAGUUGAAGUCUACCCAGCUUAAAGUUGCCAAGUUUGAAAAACACUGGUCUAGUUCUUUCCACAGGAUCUUACAGAUUUUUGGUGGUGGUGGGGAUUAUUAUUAGUUUAUUUCUGUGACAUAGAAGAUAUACCCUACAUCAGCCUUCCCCACCCUGAUGCCUUUCAGAUGUACUGGAACUCCCUGAGGAAGGAUGCCCAAUGUGAUGCAAUAUCUACCCUGGUUCUGUAAGCUUCCACUCUCUUGCAUCGUUAACAGCCCUCGGAUAAGAUGCAGCAUCUGACAUUGCUGUUUCUACAUCCCCAUGGACUUUUAAAAAAAGAUUUCUAAAUAUACAAAGCAUUGAAGUUGAGCGGUUUACCGUUGCUUCCUUUUCUGGAGUGCCUCCGCUAUCCAAUAUAUAGGAUCUUAGGAAGUUGCUUUUCAUAAAAUGCAACCGCUGAUCCAUCUAACUCAGGUUCACUUGCACUAAUGGGCAACCAUUCUCCAGACUGUUGGACAGGGCCCCUCCCAGACCAGUUUGUAGAUGUCAGCAGCUGAACUUGCAGCAUUCUGCAUUAAAAGCAGCUGAUCUGCUUCUGAGCUAUAACCAUUUUGAUAAAUCCUAUUCUGCAUUAUUAUGACACCACACAGAGACACACCAUAGAAAUGUAUUUGCACAAGUAUGGCAUCAAGACUCAGUACUCAAGGACAGAUACACAUUGGCUGGACUAGCGUAAAUUUACAGCUAUUAGCAGGGCAGAUUUCUGUCCAGCAUGUUUCUUUCAGAUCCAGAGAAAACACUGAUGGAGCAUUUAUAUGGUUGGAUUUACUUUUCUGGCUUUUUUCUUACUUUUAAUUGCAGACUCCUUUCCCCUGAACUCACAGUCAUGUAAAGGUUUUGCAGAGGCUGUUUCUUCUUUGCAGUACUUGAACUGAUCAUGGGACUGCAUAAAACAGCUGCAGAAUAUCUCUGCAACUUCACCACAAGGGGCUGAUUUUAGUAGAGUUGGGAUUCACAUGUAAAUUUACAUUGGUAACACAGAAUACAAGGCAUCACAGAAUCAUCAUAGGGUUGGAAGGGACCUCGGAGGUCUUCUAGUCCAACCCCACCUUGGAGGUCUUCUAGUCCAACCCAAGGAGCAAUGGGCAAGUGAAGUAAAGGAACUGGAAUCUCUUUCAAGUUGCACGUGCUCCAGAUUUGAAAUUAUCGUUAGACAUGUUCCUAAUUUCUUUCUGGAAGGAAAGCAUACAGAAUUACUUUCCUUGAGAAAAUCAAAUCAAAUCAAAGUAGUUAGUGGGUUCAUUAGUGGAUUAGUUCAUUCCUAAAUGGAUGCAAAUUCAGCAUCCUUCUUGGUUACCUGGAGGUGUUUUCUGAAUCAUUCCCAGCAAUCAACAGUUUGGAAGAAUAUCUUAGGCAAUCAAAGAAGUUAAAGAUAUUGCAGAGCGGGCAGUUGUUUGCUUCCUACCAGAUUAUAGGGUGGGCAAUACAAAGUCAUCCCAGUUUCCAUGCCCUAUUUUGAUUUCACAGAAUACUCAUUAGAGAAUGCAGGUGUCAGCAACUUGUAGCCCGUGAGAUAAUUUAAUGCUGCUUUUGGGCUAACUUCUAAAUUCCCCAGCAUCAGUUCAGAACUCCGAUGAGGUAUUCUGCCCCAUUCUUGAAGCUAUUUGGGAGAGAAAGAAAAGGGGAUUUUGGAAAGAGAGGAAGGAAGGAAGGGAGGGGAGAGAAUCAGACUUUGUAUGGAUUAGGUUUGGGUUAGUCUUGUCCAGGAAGGCAGAAAUGAUCAUCUUCCUGUUUUCAUUCCUGUCUCAUUUCUUUUCUUGCUAUCAGCUGCCAUUGUCAUGCACUACAGAGAUCCCAGAGGUUGAAAAAAAUGACACUUUCAAUUAUUAGUAUUGUUGUUGUUAUUGCUUUUUGAAAGGCCUUGUGUUAUAAAUAGGAAAAAAAAUUAGUAUAUAUAAUAUAUUUACUUAUGCGGUGCUAUUGGGGGAUUUUUACAAACUUGGGCAACUCGGUUAUUCCAACUUGCUGGAAGAGUAAUACAUCUCUACCCCCACCGCCACCCUGCACCCCUCCUUCUGGAAAACAAAAUACAAUUUCUGAAAAAUGAGGGGUCUUCUUGGAAUGGUUAAAAGGGGAAAGCUUGGAAGGGUCAUUGGGCAGGCGGGGGGUAUAGGAUCUAAAUAGACAAUCCUUCCUUAUAAACCAGGAUAACCUUGCAAUGUGGGGUGGGGGGGAGAGAAGUGAUAUAUAUUUUAAAAAAUACUUUUGCAAUAUAAUUUAAUUACAUUGCUGCUUUUUUCUGGAAAGAAAGUUUCUUUUAACUUGCACAUAGCUGGUCAUUGAUUUUAGAUUUUGUGGUGUGUCUUUUUUUUUUUUUUUCCAAAAGAUGGGGUGGGUAGCACAGAGUGAAAUGUCAUUAUCUAAAGCAGUGUUUCUCAAACUUGGCCACUUUAAGAUGUGUGGACUUCAACUCCCAGAAUUCCCCAUGCUGGCUGGGGAAUUCUGGGAGUUGAAGUCCACACAUCUUAAAGUGGCCAAGUUUGAGAAACACUGAAAGGGAGCAUUGGAUUGGAGAGUCAAAAGUCUGGUUUCCAUCACAGGGGGGAGGAAGGUGCCUGAGGAGGCACUGAAUAUCUGCAGGCGUGCCCUGGCAAGAGUGCCAAGAGGAUGUGGCCCUUUGCGUGAAGGUAAGAUGCCAAGAAUGUUGAAUGAGACGAAACGGGGGUCAGGAAACAAUCUGGCGUUCCUGCCCUUUAAAUUUGUUCUUUUGGAAGAAGCCUAGGGUAAAUCCCCAAAUGAACCCUGACAGCUACUUCUGUUUAAAGGAAAGGUGGCUGCAGUUGACUCUGUAUAAAAUCUUUGCUACUGUCUACAAAAGUAGCAAAUAGGUUUGAAUCUGGAUGAAAUCUCGUGGUUUUCCUGAAGUAUAUCUAAAAACAGCAAUGUUGCAAAAGUACCAACAAUCUGAGAACGGGUGUGUGUGUGCAUUUGUGAAAGGAGAGAGAGCUAACAAACUGGGUUCAAACCCAUGUAGGCUUGCCCUGUUGAUCCAGAGUUCGUGUCCUGACCUUCAAGCAGAGAAGCUCUGCCACCAACAGUUGAAUGAUUUAAUAUUUGGCUUGUUGGUGCCUCUGUCUGUUUUCUCUCAUAUUAUUUGUAGAUUUCAAGUGGAUGCUUACAGUUGUUCAGAUCCCCUCUUAACCAGACAGGCAGUGGGAGUUUGGGAGGUGUGCGUGUGCUUCAGGGGGUGCGUGUUCUCCUUGAAAAGAAGGCUUUCUGGUAAUCAAAACUGUCAUUAAUUUCCCAGCAUUUCUACACCAAACACUUUGAAUUUUGGAUGUUUUCAGGUCUGUGUUGUUAACAGUCCAUAACAUAAAGUGAGUAAUAGCUGAAUACACACCCGCAAACACGCACAAGGAAGAGAAGCCAGCAGGAGUAUGAAAUACCAAAAAUAUGACUUAAGCUGUGCCUAUACUGCUGGUUCCCGUUUCCUUGACUGCUUUGGUUUUGCUCAAGUAAUUUUUCCCUCCGGGUUAUUGUCUGUAGUCUAUUUGAAGUUUUGAUUGGAUUUGGAGGGGGUGGGGGAAUUCGAUGUCUAAGAAACUCCAUUCCAUCAGGAUUGGCUGGGGGUGGGGAGGAGAAGAGAUUAAAAAGAUGGAGUUGAAUUGCAGUCAGAAACUGAGUGGCCAGAGAUGCAUUUUGUGCUCUGCUCACUUUGUGUUUUUCAUCUUACUAUUGUUCAGUUAAGGGGAAUUUGCAGUGCAAUCCCACAUACAGUGAAGGGAGGACUGAAUCUCCUUAUGUCCAUAUGCAAAGAAAUAAGUUGCAUCAGGACACAAUUCAAGGUUGUAGUUCUGUGUGCUCAGAGAUAAACAUAUUGUACACUCCUUAAUCCCAGGAGUGUGCACACAGAAAGCAGGUAUUCUCAGAAGUGGGAGUGGUCAACCUUUCCAGGAAAACAUCUCAAGAUGUUUUCUUCACUUUUUUUUUUCCAGUCACCAAAAAACUCCUAGGUAAUUAAAACCUCCACUUCGGGUCAGAAAGUCAAGUCUCCAGCUCAGUUUCUCUCUUUGUAUUGGGAAUUUGAAAUUAAUGAAUAACUAGAAUGUCAGGGGAAUGUCUGGUCAAAUGACCAGAAUAGGCAGGGCUUCCUCAUCUUACUUGCCAAGCAUUAGCCUGGAAGUAAGGCUUGGCUGGGCCUUGUGGUUAAUAACUUGGUUGAUAUCAUACUUACAGAAGGAUGAGGGGCCUUAGACUGCACUGCCCAGCUGAGACCACAUUCUGUACAAUCCCCCCAUCCACAUCACCUUUAGCAGCCACCGUUCAACGUAGGACAUGCAUCUUCUAUCCUUUGGAGUUGUUUUCUGUUGUUAUUACAUGGUCUUGAGGAGCACAACACCAAGAAGGGAGAAAUCAGCAGAAAUGGUUUCCUAAAAUUCAAUGCCAAGAUUGGAGUGGCCAUUUUCUAAUGUCCUUUCUUUCCUCCCCCCCCCCCCCGCCCCCCCGCCACCUCCUUCCCCUGCUCGCCAUCUCUCUCUUUUGGCAUUUCUGUUGGAGAACAUUUCUUCCCUGACCUUCUCAGACCCAUGCACAUACUUUUGUCCAUUUAUAUUUUACAGUGGUUAACAAUAAUAUUUUAUUCUCUGUCUUGCUUCUUGCUUGCUACAUCACAUUAACACACAGAGAGACACACUGAAGCACCAGGGAAAAUGAGCGAGCCCCGUCCUCGGGUGAAGAUCUUCAUGGGUGGUUGAAGAAAGAGAAUCAGCCUUGAAGGACACUUUACACUACAGCCUUAAACUACUUUAAUUCUUAGCCCUCAGUUCUGAAAAGAGGGAAUUUUAACAAAGUUCCUCGCAUCCCCAAUAAAGGAGUUACAGGGGAGGGGAAUCCAUGACAGAAUUUUAGACAGGGCAAAAUGCAGUUCAAACGUCAUUUUCCCAAUGCAGUUUUCAGUUGGAGCCCUCCAAAAUGGAGCCACGUCUUUCCUCAAGGCCAUUAUCACCCUCUUCACCUCCCUACUCGCUCACUUCCCUGGUGUUCUCACAAUAUUUGAUUCUAGCAUUUAUACGCAUACUAUUAGCCAACGCGCCUACUUUUAUGUACCAUUACCUGAAAGCCAACUCUGGUUUUCUUUUCUUUUUAAUUUUUUUCCCCUAUGCAAAAGGAAAAAAAAAAUCCUAAAGGACAAUUUAAAACUUUAAAAAAAAAAGGAAAAAAGAGGAAAAAAAGAAAAAGAGGAAAAAAAGGAAAAAAUGUAUAAAAAUUAAAUAAGCUAUGCUUUCAACAGUU